AUGGGCAAUUCGCCCUCGAUUUGGGCGGCCUUGCCGCCAUCGUGGCGGCAAGCCUGCCCAAUUGGUGGGCAAAUCGCCCAAAACGAUAGAAACGGUGACAUGUACAACGGCUUCGGGUACAGAGACUCUCCACCGAGGUACUUCGAGGGAUUUCAAAGCCGAAAUGUGAGGAACGACGCCAGGAUGUCAAACCGUUUCAACAACCAUCACUCGCCACCAAGAAAGCAAGAUAGGUUCAGAACUCCAGAUCACUAUCGCAGCAACUCCCCAUCAGGAGGAUUUGGAGGUUCGGAUUAUAAUGACCAAAGACGAUUUGAGAAUAGAAACCAAGGACACUAUUCUCCAAAUCCACCAAACUGGCAAUACGAUGAGAGAGGCCGAUCAAAUAGUCCUCGUGGACAACAGACUUUGAACUUUCGUCAGAGCAGUUGGUCGCCGAUUCCAGGAGAGAGAAGGUGCCGUUCACCCAGUGCACAAAACGGUUAUAGCGUGAGGAAUCGAUCUCCAAGCCCUUAUGGACAAGUAUACUCUAACUACCAUCAAGACAACUGGCAACCUAGACCAGAACAAUUCCGUAACCGUUCACCAAAUCAAGGCCCUCGUGAUGACUGGUCACCGAUUCCGGGAGAACGUCGGUGUCGUUCACCAAGUCGGCAAUAUGAAGAUCACUCUCAAGGAAACUCCAGGAAUAGUUGGUCACCUCAGCAAAACUGGAACAACCAGCAGAGAAACAGAUCUCUUAGCCCAGAAGGCCCUUCCACUAGCCGUCAAUAUGAUGAUAGAAAUCGUGCCCCGAGCUAUCAGUAUGCUAACAGCUCUUAUAGCCGCGAAGUGCAAGAGACGCCAAACUACCAUCAGAAUAGGUGGUCACCAAGUCCAACACCUCACCAGAAAAAUCAAAACAGGAAUAGAUUUGGAAUUCUACAAGAGCCUGGCUUGUCAAAUAAUCGCGACAAUAGUUGGUCGAAUGAUCGAACUCGCAAUGUGGAACCAAGCCUACCAGUUUCCGGUUUUCAACAACCUGUGCCUCCACUGCAAUACGAGAGACGGACAGAGUCCCCUAGUUCGACAGAACGUGAACAAGAGAAACCAGAAGAUGUGAAAAAGGAACCAGAGGAGGAGGAGGAAGAGGAAGAAGAACCAAUUGAUGAGGAAGAGCGCAAUGAACUGUUCGCUGCGUUGAUACGAGAAGAGCCGAAGCGCAGAAUUGAACGAUCCGACGGAAAAUGGAAGUUGUCGAUCACCGAGACCUGCUGCGACCCCGCAUUUCUCUGGGACAAAUCUGCCGAACUCCAUUUGUACCAGAACAUUUGCUGA